AUGCACUCCCGGUACCUUGUCUCUGGUCUUCCCAGGGUUCUCCCUCCCCUCCCACCCUCGCCUGCUCCUCCCUGUCUUCCCUGUGUCGAGGGGCGGCAGCGCGCCGCUCCUCACUCCUCCUCGUUUCCCCCGACGACUGCUCCCCUGCAGACCCUCCACAUGGACAUGUGGGGCCCAGCCCGCGUCCGUGGACAGGGUCACAAGAGGUACUUCCUGAUCGUUGUUGACGACUACUCGCGCUACACCACGGUCUUCCCCUUGCGCACCAAGGGUGAAGUCCCUGAUGUUUUGAUCCCUUGGAUCCGUGCUGCCCGUCUCCAGCUCAGCGAGAGGUUCCACUCGGACUUUCCUGUCCUGCGUCUACACUCUGACAGAGGUGGGGAGUUUUCCUCCGACCUCUUGAGGGCCUUCUGUCAGGGGGAGGGCAUUGAGCAGUCGUUCACGUUUCCGGCCUCUCCACAGCAGAAUGGGGUUGCUGAGCGCCGCAUUGGCUUGGUCAUGGAGGUCGCUCGUACCUCCUUGAUCCAUGCGGCUGCCCCCCACUUUCUGUGGCCGUUUGCGGUCCGAUACGCUGCGCAUCAGCUCAACCUCUGGCCCCGUGUCUCCGUUCCGGAGACUUCGCCGACACUGCGUUGGACGGGAAAGGUUGGCGAUGCGUCGGUGUUCCGGGUCUGGGGAUCUCGUGCUUUUGUCCGCGAUACGUCCGCGGACAAGCUCUCCUCCCGCGCUGUUCCUUGUGUCUUCCUUGGCUUUGUCCCGGACGCAUCUGGUUGGCAGUUUUACCACGCCACCUCGCGCCGUGUCCUGCCCUCUCAAGACGUCACUUUCGACGAGUCGGUCCCCUACUACCGCCUCUUCCCCUACCGCACUGCCCCGCUCCCCCCCCCGCCUCUCUUCCUCGCACCAGGUGCUGCUGUGGUAGACCCCCUCCCCCCUCAGGGUGCCGCUCCCUCAGGUGUGUCCCAGGUAGACCCGGUUGAGCCUGUCGAGGUAGCUGUCGACUCUCGUCCUGCUAGGGGUGCUGAGCCUGGGGGUGCGGAGCCUGGGGGUGCUGAGCCUGGGGGUGCGGAGCCUGGGGGUGCUGAGCCUGGGGGUGCGGAGCCUGGGGGUGCUGAGCCUGAGCGUGCGGAGCCAGGGGGUGCUGAGUCUGGGGGUGCUGAGCCUGGGGGUGCAGAGCCUGAGAGUGCUACGUCUGAGGGUACUGAGCCUGGGGGUGCUGCGACUGACCUUGCUGCGCCUGGAGGCGCUCCCUCUUCCCAGCAGCUGCGUGAGUGGUACUCGCGGUACUGCAGCCUCAGGAGGGGCGCUUCUGGGGCUAGGGGUGCUGCUGGAGCUGGUGCUCGUGGUUCCCCGCCUAGGCGGGAGCCGCCCUCUCCCCAGCGGCUCCGAGAGUGGUACGCUCGGCGCUGCAGUCUCCGGAGUGGUGCUGCUGGUGCCGCCGACCCUGGAGUUGGAGCUGCUGCUGGUGCUGAGGACCCUGGAGCUGGAGCCGCUGCUGGUGCCGCGGACCCUGGAGCUGGAGCUGCGGCUGGUGCCGCGGACCCUGGAGCUGGAGCUGGUGCUGGUGCUGGUGCUGGUGCUGCUGGAGCAGGAGCUGCUGGUGGUGCUGCUGGAGGUGCUGCUGGAGCUGGAGCUGCUGGAGACGCUACUGGUGCUGGAGCUGCUGGAGGCGCUGCUGGUGCUGGAGCUACUAGAGGUACUGCUGGUGCUGGAGCUGCUAGAGCCGGUGGUUCUGGAGGUGCUCGUACUGGAGGGUGA